AUGCCUCCGCGAAGAUCCCACAAAAAGUCCCGGGCAGGCUGCCGGAGAUGCAAGUCGAGAAAGAUCAAGUGCGACGAAGUUCACCCAAGAUGCGGGAACUGCGUCAAGCAUGGCGUCGCCUGUGACUUUGAGCAUCCAGAGCUGGCAGAGCAUCUCGCCAUCCCAGAUACUCCUGCUGCUACCACGAGCGCAACCUCUCCCAGCUUCUGUGGCAGUCCCGCCGUCAACAGAGCGCCUCCCACGCCUGUCAUACCAGCACAGACAAUGGCGGCGGCAGCAGAGGCGCCCUUGAAACUAUAUCGUCAUGUCGAUCCGCCAAAUCUAAGCAAUGCGACCAAGAACAAUAGAAUGAUGGAACUCAGACUCCUGCACCACUAUACAACCAUCACCUGCAAGACCCUGAUCAUCGCCGACCCCAUGACCGAGGCCAUCUUUAGAGAUACCGUACCUGGUCUUGCCUUUGGCGGCGCAAACUUCCUUGCCGAUGCCAUUCUCGCAGUGUCCGCCCUACACCUGCGCUCAACUCAGCCCCAGGAUCAAGCUCUCGUGCGGGCUAGUCACGCCUAUAUGGCCUCCUCCUUGUCGGAAUACAGCGAGCAUCUUAGCAAGGGAAUCAAUGCCGCCAAUGCUGAGGCUCUAUUCCUGACUGCCACUCUAAUUGCCUUCCAGUCGACGGCCUCCCGGAUAUUUAUGCGUGAAGACGGUGGCGAUACAAAGGAUCGAAGUGGGGGAUACACCCUGCCCAUAUCGUGGUUUCAUUCCUUCCAGGGAGUCAAGACGAUCGUAGCUACAAGUUGGCAAUGGUUGCGGAAUAGCGGCAUCGUCGUACCCAUAAUUCAGGCUCAGCCCGCUCUCGACUUGAACAUGAACUCUGGAGGCGCCACAUUCUUUGGCAGCCUCCUGGACGGGAUGGAAGAGGAGCUCACAAAGAUGGACCCCGAUCCAGAGGUACAGAAUAAAACACGGCAGGGAUAUCAACAUGCCGUUGCAGUUCUGAAUUGGUCGCACAAAAUCCCCCUCACGGGAGCACCAAUAGUGUUCCUGGCUACCGUAUCACGGCGCUACAUGGAAGUGUUGCAAGAACGUCGACCUAGGGCUCUUGCCAUCCUGGCUUCCUUCUUUGGCCUUUUAAAGAGUUUGGACAGCAUAUGGUGGCUCAAAGGUAUAGCGCGCCGCGAAGUCAUGGGUAUCCUUUCGCUAUUCGAUCCUGAUGAUCAGGAAUGGUGGUCACGCCUGCAGUGGCCAGUACGCAUGGCAGUCUACGACGGAGAUGUUAUACCGCCAGAAAUCUGGGGUGCCGAUUGGUCCAACGGCAUGUCAUUGCUGCAACAGUCCAAUGGUACCAAUGGGGGCUUCAUAUCCCAUAUUGAGAUUUUGACGCAAAUCACCAACGCCAUGCAAAAUAUGUCACAUUUGCCUAUGGACGCAAUUACCGAAGCCACUGAGGCGACCUGGCAGACUGCUGAGGCACAGCUUGCAGCCCAAGAACUCAUGUCACAACUACAGAGCCCACCAAGAAGCGAUGCGCAGCCCGACUUUACGCAACUAGAUACAGCCAAUGGUUUACCUAUGGAUUGA